GGCGUGGCCUGGGGCGAGAACCGCAGGGCCGAUGCCGAGCUGGACAUCAGCUGCCUGCGCUGCCGCGUGGUGAUCUUGGGCAACCCGACCACGCUGCAGCUCGUGAGCGUUGUCCAGCAGCAGCUGGAGGUGCUCGCCCAGACGCAGACCGACAGGGUCUUCGCGCUGCAACGCGGCGCCACCGCGUUCGUGCCGGUCCGCCUCUACAAUGACGGCAAGCGCCCCGCCAAGGUGUUGAACGAGGACGGCGACACGCUGAGCCGCAUCGUCGCCAUCCGCGUGCAGACCCCCGCGGCCCGACGUGCCCUGUUUUAUGCGCUCCGCGCAGCCGCCUUGGCCCCCUCCCGACGGCACCCCGCCUUGUC